CGACCGCCCCCGCAACAUGGCCCCUACAUGCUCCGCAAGCUGGUCGCCAACCUGCCAUUGUCCGCUGAUGGCGACUCCGACAAUGUCCGCAUAACGUGCGUCGAAGUAUCGGACGGCAAUCUCUACGUCGGCACCUCUGCCGCCGAGAUCCUUCACUUUGUCCUCCUGCCACCCGAGUCCGACGACGCUUCAGAUGAGCCCACGGCCAUUAUCGCCUCACGACUGGAGCCGCCGCACAACGAUGCCAAUGGCCCCGGUGUCCAGCAGAUCCUGCUGCUUCCCAACAUCAACAAGGCCUGCGUACUCUGCAACAACACCCUCUCGCUGUACUCGCUCCCCGAGCUGAGCCCUGACUCCACCUUCAAGCCAAUAGGAUGCCUUUGGGUCGGAGGGGUUGACUUGAACCAGGAUGUGUAUGCGUCGCCUGAAGAUGGCGUCGUCGUCGUCAUCGGGCUGAAGAAGCGACUGCGCCUGGUGCAGAUAUCCGAGAACUCUCCCCCGAAAGCCCUCAAAGCGAUCGAGUAUGGAGGCUGCUUGGUUUCGGUGCGCCGCGACACUUUCUCAUGCGCUGCCGAUGCGCACUCCUACGCGCUCUUGGAUGUCGUCCAUCAGCAAAAGAUUGGUCUUUUUCCAAUAUCAUCUCUGGACCCAGACGCUGGCGAUGUUGGUGGAGCUGCUGAGCAUCUUGCGACCGUGCCGAAUGCGCCUUCGAGAAGCAUAUCCUCUGCAAGCCCGCAUCCACGUCCAGACGAGCGGCACGGCCACUCAAGGAGCACAAGUCUGAAUGUCUUAGGCUUGGGCGCUCCUUCGUCUCGGACUGCAAGCCCACGUCCUCCACCACACCGAUAUGGUUUCGAUGUGCCAGAGUCAUUGUCUCGUGACAUGUCGCCAGUCCCAACACGACCCUCGGCAGGCGACGGAUCGGAAAGAGCAUCUAGCCACCCUCGUGGCGGCGCAACUUCGCCUGACAAACCUCUACCUCACCCCCCACAAGAUGCCGUGCCCCAGGAAGAGCCACCCCUACCGCAACCACCGCCGUUUGUUCCCCUAAAACCUCAUGUUGCAUCACCAAAUCCAAACGAGUUUCUGCUCACAGUGGGUACCACGCCUUCUGAUCAAGGUGUUGGUAUGUUUGUAAAUCUUGAUGGAGAUAUGUGUCGAGGCAGCAUUCAGUUCAGCAGUUAUCCUGACGCCAUUGUUGUAGACGGAUCGGGAAUGGAUUUGUCCACAUCCAUGAGUGCAAACAUGGACGCCGAAGAGGGGUACGUGUUGGCUGUUGUGCAUCGAGAACAUGAGGGUAACCUGGCCUAUGGUGUUGAGAUUCAACGGUGGGAUGUGGACCCAAGUGAUGGUGAAGUCGAAAAACAUUGGCUAAACUUUGGCCCAUUGGGCAUCCAAGGAGACAAUAGCGGCUCUCAUAUUUCGGUUCCAAUCGGCAUGCGUACUGUGGUUCAACCCUACGACUUGGUUAUCCGAGAAGUAGGCGCAAAGCUUACCGUACAGCCAUUGCUACUUGAGUCUAAAAGUGCUUUAGAAGGGACUGCCGAAAGACCAAAGGCCGAUACAAAGGCUGAUCGGGACUUCGUCGAGCGGCUGUCUAAACUGCAGUCGCAGACUGUUGUUUGGGCUGGAGAUCAGAUUUGGUGGGCAGUACGCAACCCCUUAGUGACUCGUUUAGAUGCUCGAAUCGAAGAGGCCCAAUACGCCACUCACGGGGAAAAGACACGCAUACAACCAAACCGAGCAUUGUUGGAGACCAUACUCGGCGACAUACGUGGGCAGGAGCCACGCAACGAGUCUGAGUAUCUCAGUCUCAUCUACGUCCGCCAAAAGGCCUCGCUCAUGCUUUUCAUGGACGUAGUUCUACGCACAAAGACAAACAUUAUCAUAUUCGAAAAUGAAAAGCGCAUCACCGAGCAGGCGCUCAUCGAGGGCGAGAUGGACCCGCGAGUGGUCCUGAGUCUAAUGCCAAUUCUCAACAAGGAAGUUGUUCAAGGAUCAGAGGGCAUACAAAUAUAUGGCGGGAUCACAACACUGGUAGAACAGUUCCUACACCAGGUUGAUUUCUCUUCUAUAUCCACCAACGUCAGUGGGCCAUUUGGAGACAACCUGCUGCAUUUCGUAAAGCGCUAUCUUCAAUUCUGGAAGAGGCGGAAAGGAAUGGCGAGUGUGACGAAUGACCCUUAUGUGUUCAAGACUAUUGAUGCAGCACUGCUGCAUAUCCUUCUGCUCUUGGACCAAGGAACUUCCAAAGGAACCUCGAGCCCAGGGACCCACCGAGCCGAGCUUUACGAACUUGUCGAUAGAGAAGUUGAGUGUUUUGACAGAGCAGUCGAGUUGCUCGAGCAAUUCAAGCGUCUCUUCGUUCUCAGUCGACUAUAUCAAGGCAAUUGUAAAGCUUCUGUCAAGGCAUCAAAGGUGCUCGCGACCUGGCGGCGUAUCGUGGAAGGCGAAGAAGACAAGGGUGGUGAACUCAUAGAUGGCGAGCUAAAAGUUCGAGAAUACCUGGGCAAGAUUAGAGAUCAGAGCCUGGUAGAAGAAUACGGCGCGUGGCUCGCAAACCGGAAUCCCAAGCUGGGUGUUCAAGUGUUCGCGGACGACCAGAGUAGGGUUAAAUUUGACCCUGCGCGAGCUGUUGCUUUACUGAGGGAGAAGGCACCGGGUGCUGUGAAGGAGUACCUCGAGUAUCUCGUAUUUGGAAGCAAGAAACAUCCACAAUACGUGAACGAGCUGAUUGCUUUCUAUCUUGAUACAGUCAUCACCGAACUUGAGAGGAAUCAAGAGUCGCGCGCCACGCUGACGCAAAGUUACGAGACGUACCGUAUCCUAGAGCCACCCAAGCCUACCUACUACUCAUUCAUAAGCGAUAAUGCUUUGGAUGUAGAGUGGUGGCAUGCCAGACUCCGCUUGCUUCAAUUACUCGGCGAGACAUCGUCAUACGACGUCGAUGCAGUGUUAUCACGUCUGCAACCUUACGAACAAGAGCUUGUCUCUGAAAUGAUCAUUUUGAAUGGUCGGCAGGAAAGACACGAAGAAGCAUUGAAGUUACUCACGCAUGGACUGGGUGACUACAACACGGCUAUAAACUACUGUCUCUAUGGCUACUCUUCCAUCCACCGCCCGGUAACAAUUGGCGCUCCACCUGUUUCGCGCAACCAGAUACCCACGCGGGCCGAGCAAUCUCGCAUGUUCGGCUUCCUCUUGCAGGAGUUCUUGAAGAUUGAAGACCUCUCUCAGCGUGUCGAACGUACAAGUGAGCUUCUUGAGCGCUUCGGAGGCUGGCUCGAUGUCGCUGAUGUGUUGGCCAUUGUGCCCGACGAAUGGUCGGUUGGUGCGUUUUCUGGGUUCUUGAUACAGGCUUUACGCAACAAUCGAGUAAAAGCACCCGACGCUUCAAACGCCAGCCACAGCUGGGCCCGAAACAAACUCACUUCAACCUCAUACCAUCAUUCCUGUUUUCACAAACAUCCAAUCACGCCCACAAUGCAGCGCCGCAUGCUCACCAAAGACGAUGAGGCCUCAGCGCAGAGCGAGGACCUAGAGGUGCGCCGCGAGGAUCAAGAGAAGAUCAACCGGUUCAGCUCUCUACACCAAAAAGAAGAGAUGCUUGAAGAAGAACUGCGGGCAAAGAUUAAGGAGAAGGAGGAUCUUGAAGAAAUCUCUGGCGAACUCGAACUCGUGGAUGAGGAAGAGAAAGUACCAUACAAGAUCGGCGACUGCUUUGUGUCGUUGCCGCAGCCCCAGGUCCUCGAGCUCCUGGGCUCAUCGACAGAGACGCUGGAAGCCGAGGUGGACUCGCUCAAGACGAAGCUGGAGGGCAUCCAGGAAGAGAUGGGAGAGCUCAAGAAGGCCCUAUACGGACGCUUUGGCCGCAGCAUCAACCUGGAGACUUGAAUCAUGUUCAUUCAUUCAAUCCAUGCCCUAUAUGUCUUCCGGGGCACUCCGAACUCCGACACAUGUGUGUGUGUAUGUGCAAAGAAAUCAGCAGUAAAGGAAAAAAAA